AUGGAGGAAGGAAUGAACAAGGAGAACACAGAGGAGUUGAUGCAGGUAGAGGAGAACACAAAGGAGUUGAAGCAGUUGGAGGACAAAAUCCGGCGACUCGAGGAGGAAGUGGCCGAACUAAAGCGCCAGCGUCAGAUCUACCAACCUGAUUUGCAUGCCAGCCAAACAAUGCGGGAUGCGAUGUCGCUGUUGUGCGGAAAAAUGCCACAAGGAGGCGCCCAAAUGGUUCUGUCCAAUCUGAGGGAGGAGGUGAAGCACUUGCAAGUGGAUCUGCGGCGUCAGAGCCGCAUGAACGGCAUCAGUUUGAGGAGUUGCAGUGUAGAAACUCUGCAAGGAGACGGCACUGAAUUAGUACAGAAGAUGUGUGUCUCUGGUUGUUGCUCAGAGUUUGACUUCCUGGUGGCGCUUCAGCUCUCACAAGUGGAGACCGGCGAGCGGCCCGAGAAAAAAAUUGUCAGUCUGGACGUGGUUCUGGGCGACAUUGACCUUCCUAACUUCAGCAGCUUCCUCUCUGGGGUAGAGGAGAGCAAGGACCUCCUGCUGUUCUUUCGGACACUCAGGACCUUGUCAGACAGGAUCAACGACCGACGCCGCACCUUCCAGCACUUUCAGGCCAAAUACCCACAAGUGGUGAGUCUUCCUGACGGCGAUAGUUCUUCCACACUGGCUCUUCAUCAUCCUGCUCUUAAAAGAUGCACUUUUUUGUUGCACUGGUGUGUGGAUGUGUCCAAGGAGGGCAAAGUCACUCCAAAACUGGACCUGCUCCCAAAGAUCCCGCAGCAGGCUUUGCGGCUGUUGCCGUCAUGGAACGUAGAUGGCGUCGGUGAGGGCUUCCACAGCCUGCUGAGGCUACUGGGGCCCGAAGCGGCCUUGGAGGAGGUCAUCAGGGCGGCACUUAUUCUUGAUGACUGA